AUGGUGAAAAUUCCAGUGUUUGAGGUAGAGCAGUGGAUGGACAGGUAUGAAAAUACGCCAGGGGCACUGAACAUCGCCGAAACAUGCUGCUCGUCUAUAUCGAUUGAUCAACUUGUACAAUUCAAUAGUGAUAAACAAAGCGACGCUCAUCCCCUGAUCGAUUUCUCUAUACCUAUGACAUACGGUCCGAUUCGGGGAUCCGACGAGCUUCGGCGGAAUAUCAUAGCCACGUAUAACGAAGAUGUUGAUACGGCGACGGUCGCUCCUCUGUCUACCGAGAACGUUAUUGUUACCCAGGGAGCCAUAUCCGCCAACCACUUAGUAUUCUACAGCCUCAUCGGGUCAGGGGACCAUGUUAUUUGCGUCCACCCAACUUAUCAACAGUUGUAUUCUGUCCCAGAGUCAUUAGGUGCCGAAGUUUCCCUAUGGGAGCUCAGGCCGGAGAAUGGAUACAUCCCCGAUGUCGCCGAGCUUAACACCUUGAUUAGGGAUAAUACGAAGAUGAUCGUCAUUAAUAAUCCUAAUAACCCAACGGGAGCGACGAUUCCAAAAGAGGUCCUGGCGAAGAUAAUCGACGUCGCGCAAAGACACGGCAUCAUCGUGUUCUCAGAUGAAGUUUAUAGGCCGCUGUUUCACAGUCUCGACCCGGGAAAGAUUCCACCGUCAGCACUGGCAUUGGGUUAUUCCAAGGUCGUAGUUACUAGUUCAAUGUCUAAGUCAUGGGCCCUAGCAGGCAUUCGAGUGGGUUGGGUGGCAUCGCCGGAUGCUUCCAUCAUCGAAACCAUCGCGUCCGCUCGUGAUUAUACCACUAUUAGUGUGUCACAGCUCGACGACCACUUAGCACGGUACGCUCUAAGCGCCUCCGUGCGGCCACAACUCUUAGAGAGGAACAUUUCUUUAGCUAAGGAAAACGUACGACUACUGGAACAAUUCGUUCAGGACCACUCGAGCGUAUGCUCCUGGGUGAAACCGACGGCAGGAACCACGGCUUUCGUGCAGUUUAAGAACAAGGAAGGGGCUCCGGUGGAUGAUGAAGCCUUUAGUAAGGACGUUUUGGAUAAAACUAAGGUGCUGUUUGUAUCUGGGUCUCGAUGCUUUGGAUAUGGCCAGACUUCACCCUUUCGUGGGUUCGUCCGCAUCGGAUAUGUGAACAAGACGGAGAUACUACGCCAGGCAUUGGAGAAACUUGGCUCAUAUUUAGUGGACAAUUUGGAGUAA